AAAGUGUGGGGGAGCCCAUAUCAUAAUGUUAAGAGGACCAAUACGAAGAGGCCAUAAUAAAUUAUAUGAAAAUAAACGAGAGAAUUAAGACACUUACCAAAUCGAAACUGCUCUUUUUGUCUUACCAUUAACUUGGCUUUGAAGCCCCCAUCUCAAUACUCUACUCUCUUUGCUUCUUCACCUUCCUUCUCUCUAUGCCUUUUUAGAUUCUCUAAACCCACUCUCUCUCUCUCCUAACCACCAUAUAAUUCUCUCUUUGUGUAUUUGUACACAGACUGAAUUUUCAGAUGGGUUCAUGUGUCUCCUCUUCUCACAACAACAACAUCAAGACCUCCUCUGAUUCCCCUGUUAAGCUUUCGGCUCUAAUCUCUGAACCUGACACGACAUCAUCCCCCGCCAAGAAUGACGUCAUCAAUCCGGCCACGAUCAAUGGGAACUCUUUCAUAGAUUCAGCUCCUCUGGAUUCCCCAGAGGAGAUCAAGUUUUUCGAUUCAAGGGGGUGGCUUGAUUCUGACUGUGACGAUGAUUUCAUGAGCGUUGAUGGUGAAUUUACACCGUCACGAGGAACAACACCGGUGCACCACAAAUUCUCUGACCAAACUCCUAAAACAGAGGAGACAAAACAUGAUCAAGAAGAACCAUCUCCAACAGACAACAAGAAGAGACUCCUCGAACUCUUCAAAGAGACGCAGGAUCAAGAUGAGGUUGAAGAAGAGGAUGACGUGGCAGAAAGCAAAGCAAGAGCAUGUCUGUGGCUAAGAACACCUGUUAGAUCUUCUGCACCGGCAACUCCUUAUAAUAGUAAUGAUACAGAAAGACAACAACUCAAGAGGGUGAAAUCGGCGGCUCAAAGCGGUUGCGUUCUGCGUUUGGUUUCUUGUAGCAGCUUCACAGAGCGGCGACGGAAAAUGAUGAGUCAUACCUCUGUUCACGUCCAACGCUAAGCUUCCCCUCCAUACUAUACAUUUGGUUUCUUAAUUUGUCCCCCCUAGUUUUGUUUAACUGCUCGGACAGUAUUCUCUCCACAGCUCAUAAUAGCCUAUUACGUUUGUAAUAAUGCACUAUUAUUUUCUAAAUUAAAAAAAAAAAACAGAUAACUAAACUUUGAUUUAUGAAAAAUUAAAUAAAUUUAUGCC